AUGGUCAUCUACGCUCCCCUCGACGCGGCUGAACACGAGAUUAGGCUCGUCAGGCUUCUUGAACCCCUGGCUGAGCACGCCGAAAGACCCAUGGGUGCUCUCGCGUUGGAGCUUCAGACCGUGCCGCUGGACGACGGCAUGUCUUACGCGGCCCUGUCGUACGUCUGGGGAGACCAGGUAGACACUAUGAAGAUUGAGAUUAACGGAUGUCCGUCCGUCAUUACCCGGAGUCUACACAGCGCCCUGGAUUAG